AUGGCUAGGAAGAGGAGGAAGCUGGACUCCGACAAGCCUUCACCGGCAGUACCUUCAGAGGUCCCCGGUAAGGAGGCUGCCGGGAACUACUCCACCUCGCUUGGCGAGCCGCACUCUUCCACAGGACCUCAGGUCUUCGUGGUCGAUGAAAGCUCCCUUACGAGUGAGGAGGUGCCAUUGUCUCUGGUUGUCGAGCCACAGGCUCCAACUUGGGCACGACACAUCGUCCACUACGUCCAAACUGGAGAACUUCCCGAAGAGCAAGAAGAAGCUGAAAGGGUAGCCCGGAGCGCCAGUACGUGUGAGUUUGUUGACGACACAUUAUAUAGAAGGAGGCCCAACAGUGUGAAACUGAAGUGCAUUUGCUGGGAAGAAGGAAAGGAGCUAUUGGCAGAGAUACACAAAGGCAUGUGCGACUCAUAUUGGAUCAAGAGCUUUGGUUGGGAAAGCUUUCCUGCAAGGUUUCUAUUGGCCCUCGGCCCUCCAAGAUGCAACUGA